CAUUCUUUGGAUUUUAUUCACAGAACAGAUUUUAUUAGUUUCAAAAGUAUAUAAAUAGACACAGACCUUGUUUAUAAGACACAUAAUAUUAGAACUACAUAGUGAUAUGUCUAACUUUGCUCAUAAUCAAAAAUGAAAUCUAAAAUGUCAUCCAACAAUCAAAAUAAUUCAAUACAAUUUGUGAUGUAAAUAAAAAUUUUCUCAAAAUCCUACCAUGGCAGAAACAAUAAGUACCAGGGCAAAGUCGCCUACGCGCGCAGAAGCCAUAAUGAAGGCAUUAAAACCAGGGCCUGUUUACUGCACUGGGGUCCUUUUAGGUAAUUGGGUAGAAGACAGGAUUGAAUGCCCUAAAGGUGGUACAUUUUACUUUCCACCAAAGGAGAAAAUCAAUUACGAAAAAUUAAAGCCAGAAUCUCGACAACCUGACUUUCGCCUCAAUAAAUUAAACAGUUUGCAGGGUAAUGUGCAUUCAAUCUACCGGCACGACAGUCAUGAGACGUGCGGCAACUUUGCAACUACAACAGACCUCGUUUAUAACCAUCUGCCCAAGCCUCUAUGUGGACCCAUACAAAGAUAUUAUAAAAGGAGCGCACAUCAGUGGUAUCCACAGCCUGAUCUGUUUAAAUGUUUUGGAAAUGUUACUGAAUGGGGCUUAAAGAAAUAUCUAGAGCAUGAAUGGAAGUGUACCAAUGUAUCUGACUAUAUGUCUACCUUGUAUGAGGACACCUAUGUGCCUCCUAAGCCUCAUCAGUAUUUGCAGAGAUGUGAACGCAAGGCGCGCAAUUCGAGCUUCACAAAAAGUUUCCGUUUUAAGAUGACAAAAUCAAAAAAAUGAUAACAUCAAGAAUCAUUUAGUUUUCUUAUCAGAAAAAUUACUAGUCUUUACAUAUCACAUUUUGUUCAAAAGGACAGUGACGUC